UGAGCGCCACAGAUAUGUGACAUCAGUCCCCGGUACAGACCAAGAUGGCGCGACGGUUCCCUGUGCCACGGUUCCCAGUGCCUCUAUUGGCCCUAGCUGCCGUUAUCACCUGCAGUCUUGCCUACCGAGACAACCAGGGCACUGAGUUCAUCCUGACGUUUCCGGAAAACUUCCAGAGGCAACUACACAACCCAAAACUGUUCAUCACCACCCAGUCUUUGACCGGGGCGAGCGUGACCAUCUCACUCCCUUCUACUGGCUUCACCACCGGAGUCACAGCUUCCUAUGGCUCCGUGACACAGGUGGAACUGGACCGUGCGGCCGUGGAGCUCCGCGGCAGUCAGAAGAGCGACAAGGCGGUCCACAUCACCUCCAAUGUGGAGAUCGUGGUGUACGGAGUGUUCGCCGAGCAUGCCUCGUCUGACGCCUACCUGGCCCUGCCCACCGACGUGAUGGGGAUGGAGUACUACGUCCCCUGCACAACCAUCGUGCGCAACUGGAACGAAGAGGGAUUUGUGGACAUUCCGUCUGAGUUUGGAAUCGCCGGUAUCCGUGACGGGACGACAGUCACCAUUUAUCCCAGCCAAACCGUGACGUUCGACGGGCAGAACUACGCCCAAGGACAGCCCUUCACCGUCCAACUCAACCGGUUUGAAACACUCCAGGUCCAGUCGACCGAGGACCUGACCGGCUCCAGGAUCACGGCUACCCAGCCGGUGUCCGUGCUGAGCGGAAACCUGUUCGCCGUGAUCGGGAACGGGCAGUCCGGCACCGGCGACCACGUGGUGGAGAUGAUCCCGCCCGUGGACACCUGGGGGAAGGAGUUCGUCACCACGCCGCUCACCAAGCACACCGGCGGCGACCUGUUCCGUGUGGUGGCCGCCAGGGACUUCACACAGGUUGUUGUGACCAACGAGAACACGAUGACUCUGAACGCCGGGGAGUGGUGGGAGUUUGAUGUCCCAUCGAAUGAGUACAGGCACGUGACCAGCAACGAGCCGGUGUUGCUGGUUCAGUACAGUAAGACUGGUAAGGUCGACAAUACAGAGACCGACCCGUUCAUGAUGGUCAUCCCGCCCGUGGCCCAGUUCGAGUCCGAGUACACCUUCGCCACCGUGGACCUGAUCGCCGACCCCACCAUCUCCACUCACCACGUCAACCUGGUCAUCAGGGCAGCUGACAAAGCUGGUCUCCGAUUGGAUGGAAAAGUGUUGCCAGGCAACACGGUGUGGCACGCCGUUCCCGGGACCAACUACGAGGCCACACUGCUGACCAUCUCCGGAGGUACCCACAGAGUUGUCCACAUCUCUCCCAUCGCUACCUUCGGUCUGUUCAGCUAUGGCUACACUCAGCCGGAGUCCUACGGCUACCCAGGCGGGCUGAGGCUGGCUCAGAUCGCCGCCUUCUGCAGCGUCACCAACCCCGUCGCUAACGACCGCGUGGAUAACGACUGUGACGGCCGUGUGGACGAAGAGCUGCCGAACGGCGUUGAUGACGACGGCGACGGACUGAUCGACGAGGAUAUUGCUAGCGGUACCUGCUAUGACGACAGGGAACAGUACAAGGUCUGUGUGGAACAGCAAGUCCAGAACUGUAAGAACCAGGUUCUGAACACCCUCGGCGUGAUCAAGAGGUCUAAGAGGGAGGCCCAGCCAGCUGUGGAGUACGAAACACCAAUCAGGUACUCCUACGGAAACCUGGUGGCGGCUGUUGGUGUUGUGGCCUGUGGCUCCAUCAUGGUGAUUGCCAUGGCAACCAUCUACCUGAAGGAGAAGCGCCGUCUGCAGUGAGAGCUAGGCUGGCCAGGCCUAGCAGCGCCACCUUGCGGCCAUGUGCGAGACUUCACAUGAUCUUCUAUGACGUUGUUAAACAGUGCUGUACACUAAUGAACUAUGAUCUGUCAACAUUGAAUAAAGCUAACGUCUUUGAUUUCCAGAAGCCAAUACUCACCUUUAGAUAGGUGAGU